ACGAUUAUUCACAGCAAAUCGCGUUUCUUUCAAUUUGCCGGAUCCCCACCAUAGCCUGCACCCUCUCUCUCUCUCAGUUUUACUCGUCUCUGCCGCAGUAAUUUAAUCUUCUCUCUCACUUGUUCCACUUCCUGAAUUUGCUUCUGCUGCUGAUUCCGUUAUUCCGGCUCAUCCGUGAACCUUGAUUUCUCUGCUUGUCUUGAUUAAGAACUCUAGCUUUUUUGGUCCUGGAUUCGUUCAGCGAUUGCUUCCAAUUUUUAUGGAUAGGUUUUGACUUCUUUGGAUAGGGCGAAAUGUCAGUGGAGAGGUCGUUCGAAGCGUGGGAGGAGGUCCAGCGGCAUGGCCACGAUCUGGCCGAUCGCCUUGCGCAGGGUUUCACCGGAUUGAUUCAGUCUCACAUCAACCCUCCUCCUUUCACUUGGCCUACUCCUCCGAAAUCGAAGCUCUUUGAUCUGGAAUUCCCAAGUCAGAAUUUUGGGAAGAGGGAUUUCGGAUUAGCGACGGAGAAUUAUGGAAUCGAUGGGGUUUCGGCGAUUUUUGAUAUCGGUAACAGGAUUGGGCAAGCUGGAGCGGACUUUGGUGCGAGCUUGAAUGGGUUAGUUCAGCAGUUUUUCAGGUCGCUGCCAAUACCGUUUAAGCAGGAGGACACGGUGAUGGCUUCCGUUCGGAUGGAAGGAGAUAAAGGCAGGAUGAUAACUGAUUUCGGGAUUAAUAUGCAGGAAGAUUUGGGAUCGCUGAGUGAAAGGUUGAAAAAUUAUGGAUUUGCUGAAAAUGAUACUGGUGCCGGUGCUGCUGCAUCGUCGGAUGAAGAAAUUGGUGGCUUUAACCUGAGUUCAGCUGGUCUUCUGGGUAGAAGACAGGGAGUUAUAAAUGUUUCAUCCACUUAUGAUAGUAGAACUCAAGAGGUAGAAGGUUCUUUAGCUGCAAGGGGAGAUCUAUGGAGAGUAGAGGCAUCUCAUGGCAGUUCUACAUCAGGAAAUGAAAAUUCAUCUCUUUUCCUUGUUCAACUUGGACCUCUUCUCCUUGUUCGUGAUUCAACCCUCCUUUUGCCUGUCCACCUGUCCAAGCAACACUUGCUUUGGUAUGGCUAUGACAGAAAGAAUGGAAUGCAUUCUCUUUGCCCAGCAGUGUGGUCAAAACACAGAAGGUGGCUGUUGAUGUCCAUGCUAUGCCUCAAUCCCUUAGCUUGUUCAUUUGUGGAUCUUCAAUUUCCUAAUGGACAGUUGACCUAUGUGUCUGGAGAGGGUCUAAAUACUAGUGCCUUCCUUCCUUUUUGUGGGGGUCUUCUACAAGCUCAUGGUCAAUAUCCAGGAGAAAUGAGAUUCAGCUUUUCAUGCAAGAACAAGUGGGGAACAAGAAUCACACCAAUGGUACAAUGGCCUGACAAGUCAUUUUCCUUUGCUGUUGCUCAGGCCUUGGCCUGGCAGAGAUCUGGUCUCAUGGUGAGACCAACUAUUCAAUUCAGUGUCUGUCCCACCUUUGGUGGAAGCAAUCCUGGGCUGCGGGCUGAACUCAUUCAUUCAAUCAAGGAGAAACUGAAUUUAAUCUUUGGAUGUGCCUUCAUGACAUAUCCUUCUGCCUUUGCGUCAAUAUCCAUUGGAAGAUCGAAGUGGAAUGGAAAUGUAGGAAGCUCGGGUCUGGUUCUGAGAGUCGAUGCCCCUCUCUCCAAUGUCGGGCGACCUUCUUUCUCUGUUCAGAUAAAUAGUGGCAUUGAAUUUUAAAGGCCUCCAUAUUUUCUUAGAUAAGUGUAUAUAGGUUUAGUCAACAGCUACUUGCAAGGUCUUUUUUGUUGGGAGCUGCCAAUAGCAAGUAUACCGUGUUCAUGUGAAUAGAAAAAUCUUGACCCGAAAAUCGAGACCUUAAAUUGAUAUCACUAUGAAAAUCGUGUCUUGGGUGCGUGGUGUACUUACUAAUAAAAGUUCCCUCUUGUCAAGCAGCAACUUGAGUUUCAUACAUUGUUGUUAAUUGUUUCUUACUCCUCCUUA